AUGAACAACAACAAAUAUGACGAUUUGGAAUAUCCUUAUUGCGAUGAUGUUAGUAAAUUUGAGAAACUUGCCAAAAUCGGACAAGGUACAUUUGGGGAGGUAUUUAAAGCAAGGUGUAAGAAAACCAACAAACUUGUGGCCUUAAAGAAAGUUCUGAUGGAAAAUGAAAAAGAAGGAUUUCCAAUAACUGCAUUAAGGGAAAUUAAAAUAUUACAACUACUCAAAAAUGAGAAUAUCAUAAAUCUCAUUGAGAUUUGCAGGACGAAGGCCACAAGUUACAAUCGGAUGCGAGCAACAUUUUAUCUUGUUUUUGAUUUUUGUGAACAUGAUUUGGCUGGCCUGUUAAGCAACGUCCAAGUAAAAUUCUCACUGGGAGAGAUUAAAAAAGUAAUGCAACAACUCCUCAACAGCCUUUAUUUUAUUCAUAGCAACAAAGUUCUACAUCGAGAUAUGAAGGCUGCCAACAUCCUCAUCACCAAACAUGGUGUCCUAAAACUUGCUGACUUUGGGCUAGCUCGUGCUUUUAGCAUGAAGGGACAACCAAACAGAUAUACCAACCGGGUGGUGACACUCUGGUAUCGACCACCUGAGCUGUUACUUGGAGAAAGGAAUUAUGGUCCUCCUGUAGAUCUGUGGGGAGCUGGGUGCAUCAUGGCUGAAAUGUGGACCCGUAGUCCAAUUAUGCAAGGAAACACUGAGCAACAUCAGCUUCAGCUAAUCAGCCAGCUUUGUGGUUCAAUCACUCCAGAAGUGUGGCCAGAUGUUGAAAAUCUUGAACUCUACAGUAAAAUUGAACUUCCAACAGGACAAAAACGAAAAGUCAAGGAUCGUCUGAAAGUUUAUGUAAAGGAUCAAUAUGCGUUGGAUUUACUUGAUAAACUCUUAACUCUGGAUCCUUCAAAGCGUUGUGAUAGUGAUACUGCUCUGAACCAUGAUUUCUUUUGGACUGAUCCUAUGCCAACAGAUCUAUCACGUAUGUUGUCUCAGCAUACAACUAGUAUGUUUGAGUUUCUUGCCCCACCAAGACGACGAGGACAAGCUCAACAUCAUGUUCCAGCUCGCCCAACACAGAAUCCUGACCAACACUAUGAACGAGUAUUUUAA